AUGAGGGAGGAGCUGAGUCAGAGGCUGGGAUUAAGCGAGGCAAGGGUGCAGGUAAAUAAGGCUUGGAUUAUUUUUCAACCCUGUUUUUAG